CUGAACUUCGUUGUUGUCAUCGGUAAACUCGUUGCGUGUUGUUAUAACCCUGUUUCGCUCCAUAAUGGAUCCACUACGUUUAAUCGAAAGCAGUUUGGUCGAGGAAUUGAAGAAGCAUUUGCCAAAGAACAUAAAGGACACUCGGAACAUCUUAGAAAUACGUGACAACGUGUUAUAUGUAUGGGACGCUGAAGAUUACUCUGUGCUGACGUUAAACGUUGCUGCCACGCAUGGUAAAAUUGGAGGAGGCGUUUCUUAUCAGAAACUUCGACUCACCGAUCAGCCCAAGUUCGAAAUCAAAAAUCUGUUGAUCAACGAGACUGGAACGCAGCUAGUGCUAUGGGGUAACCUAGAAAUAGUGCUCGUGGAGCUUCCUAAGCGAUGGGGCAAGGAAGGCAUGUUCCAAGGUGGCAAGGAAGAAAUAUUCUGCGUGGUUUACAAAUUCGACAAUUUCAACACAAUGGUCGAGAUUCGAAAGGCGAGAUGGCAUCCUGGGUCCACGAACGACUCCCACUUGCUGGUCUUGACGUCGGAAAAUACAUUUCGUUUAUAUGAGUGCGAACUCGGUAGCGCACCGAGGCUCAUAAAACGCUGGAAGGUUGGUCGUACGCCAUCGAGCUCACCGUCGAAGCUACCGGACUUUUCCUCUCUCGGUGACACCGCGGUGGACUUCGACUUUGCCACGCCUACCCUUCGCAAACCGGAAAUGUUCGCUGGCAAAGACAUUAACAAGAACAACGUGGUCGAUUGGAAUCAGAUCGAGUGGCCCAUUCUGGUCCUUCGUGGAAACGGGGAGGUGCUCAUUGUUCGUGGCAACGUGUUGCUCGAUAAUCACGAAAAGCCGUUGGUAUCAGGAUCGCUCUCUAUGUAUCCUCCAGCUGACGAUAAUUACGGGAUAGACUCGUGUUCCAUAAUGUGCGUGCAAACUACCCCACCGAUAGUGGUCAUCGCUAUGUGUACUGGAAAGAUUUAUCACGCGAUAUUGUUGAAAGAGGAAUCAAACGAUGUCGACGACGACGACAGAAGGACAUGGUCUCAGUACGGUUCCAAUCAUAGUCUUCAUACGCCAGACGAGGCCCUUUAUGUCUACGAGUGCGUUGAAAUAGAACUGGGACUCUUUUUCACAGACACUGAUAAAAAGUACAAUUGCCCCAUACACCUCCGUUGUGAUAAGGACAAUAAAUCCAGGUAUUUUUGCUCCCACAACGCUGGAAUCCAUAUGGUCAGUCUACCAAUGGUCUCUCAAUUGGAGGAAUACAUUAGCACUUCGGAGGAGAAUGACGAAGACCGUCUACCAAUGCUGUCGUAUCAGUCCAGUUCGCAGUACUUGAUUUGUAGGAGAACCAAACACACACCAACGGACGAAGUCUCAUCGAUUCUCGGCUUUGGACUUCUUCAGGAGCCCUGCGUCUUGGUGGCUUUGCUACACACAGGGGACGUCGUUGCUCGUUCCGUCAUCGAUCUUCAUUAUUUUCCAAAGAUCGAAUCUCCCGAGCCCAUGAUUAACUCAGAAAGACAAGUGAGCAAAGAAGACUUCGAUGUCUACAUAAAGAAAUUGUUGAAACGCGAGACGUCGCAGCCGAUUAUAAAAAUUGGAUCGAAGUCGAUGUCACCGCGAGAACGUUUAAAGCUUCUGUAUCACGCGACGGACAUCUUUCGCAAGGAACACUUUGUCAGACACGACAACGUGAGAGAGGAAAUUGGUAAUAAAGUGCGGGCGUUGAAAGUAACGAAAUCGCAUCAGCUGAACGAACUAAGCAAUUUAAUGGAAGCGAAGAAAGAAUUGCAGCAGACUGCCGAACGUUUGGCUGAACGCUACGAAGAAAUUAAGGAUGAGCAGGAGAAAUUAGCGCGCAGAGCAAAAGAAGUAUUACGAUUGGUAAAUUAUAAGGAACCUUCUAUCACUCCGACCGAAAGAGCAGAAGCAGAGGAAUUAAAGAAAAUGGAGAUGAAAAUAAAGGAGAUGAAGAUUAGGUUGGAAGAGCUCAAAACGAAAUCGGAACAACAGGCUGUGCAUAUAGAGAACAGUGAAUGCAACGAAAGGAGGAAGCAAAUCGUUUUUAAAGGCGAUCAAGAAAAAACCAUUCAAAAUACUCUUGGCCACAUGGCGAAGGAUAUAAAAGUCUUGAUCGCAGACGUAAAGAAGCUCGAAGAGGAAGUGAGUAUGUAGGUCACGUAGUUAAUAUUAAUAGAUUAACGUGUAAACACUUGCAAAUUUUUUUAUUAUUUCACCUCAGAACAUAGGAUUUGCAUACAAAGGAAAUGAUUUUUUUGCAAAAUAAUUUAUUAUUCUAGCUAUACAAACAUACUAUAUUCGGCCACAUUACUCGCUUAACGAACACUUUAUACAACAGCUUUUCGUCUCGAGCGUUUCAUCAUUGUCAACAAAACAUUAUAUUAAUGAAAAAUCACAGAAUCGAUUAUUACAUUGUAAAUACUUAAAAAGAUUAUUCAGUGACUC